AUGUCGUCGUCAUCCUUCCAACCCCCGACUAAACCCAUCUCCCUUGCGCUUUGGAAUUUCACCUCUCAAUGGCUCCUCGUCCCGCAAGGAACAGGCAUUGUAUGUCUCGUCCUCAACCGACUGGACUACCAAUUCAACGGCCUGAAGACUAUAGCCAAGGUGAUCUGGAUAUAUGACAUCGUUCUCUUUGGAUUAUGUCUAUUAUUCUACUUCCUCCGGGUAUGUCUCUACCCAAAAUACGUACGCCAUGAGCUACGCACCAACCUGAUGGAAACAUCAUGUCUCUCCUGUAUCCCCAUCGCAUUUACCUCUAUCCUGCAAUACGCAAGUAUAGAAUAUGGUGACCGCGCCGGACUUGCCAUCUACAUCCUUUUCUGGGUAGAUACCGCCCUUGCAGCUAUCGUCUCCAUCGGUAUUCCAUACAUCCAACUCAAACUCCAAGCGCCCGGAGUCCAGAAACUCCCUCCAGCCGUACUCCUCCCUUUCGUCGCCGUGUUAACUGCCGCAGCCGGCGGCGGAGUCAUAUGUCGACAAUGUCACGUCAGUGCGCGAUUAAAAGUCCCGGUUAUCAUCGUCGGAUACAUCGAAGUGGGCUCCGGACUAGCCGUCACGUCGGGUUUUAACGUCCUGAUCAUGUUCCAACAUUUCAACCAGAUCCACUCCGCCGCAGAGAAAGUAUACCAAGAUAUGAUUAUAUGUGGACCAUUAGGCCAGGGAUCCUUCGCUCUGCAGGUAUUGGGUGAAGCGGUGCAAGGUAGUUUCGGAGCGUAUCAUCGCGGUACGUUCUUAACAGCGAAAGCAGCGGACGCGAUCGGGUUCGUGAGCCAGCUCAUGGGGCUAUUAACCUGGGGGUAUGGUGUAUUCUGGUGGUGUUUCGCGAUUCUAAGCAUUUGUCACACGUUAAUUGCCUGGGGUCAAAAACCAAAAUUUAGUCUCGCAGCUUGGUCGCUGGUUUUCCCCUGGGGCGUUUUCACAAACGCAGCAGUGGAGUUCGGGAAAAUCAUGGAUUCAUCGGCUUUUGCGGUGUUUUCUACGGCCCUUCUGCUUAUUAUGCUCAUCAUGUGGAUCGGGAAUCAGAUUCUGACACUGAAGGGAUUGAUCACCGGUCGCAUUCUUGGACUGGAACACGGCUGGAGUCCCGAGAUUAUGGGUCCUACCGAGGAUAAAGAAGCGUAA